AUGAUUGCAUUCGUGUUAUGUGCUGCAGUUCUCUACAACUGUUUUCAAAAUGUUUUACUAGACGAAUUACUAAACCAAGAAACAGAAAAUAUUCCGCAAGCAAGAGUUGAGAACCCUUCUUUUGUUCCGCCUCUGACUAAAGAAGCAAUGAAAAUUUUUGAGGAAAUGCACGAUUUUGGUAACGGACUAUUUGGAGAAAUUAAGAAAGGAGCGCAAAAUAUCGGCCGAUUUCUACCAUUUCAUCGUCGAUAA